AUGGCCGCAGCAGGGUCGCACCAGCGCCGGGUGGCCGAGGGCGCCGCGUUCCCCGCGUACCGGGCCGCCCCCGCCGGCGGUGCCUUCCUGCCGCCCCCGAGCCCCGCGGCCGCCCUGCUCCCCGCGCCCCCGGCGGGCCCCGGCCCGGAGCGCGGCGCCCCCGCGCCCCUGGCGGCCUUCCUCGGCGGGGUCCCCGGGCCGGCCGCGCCGCCCCCUGCCGGCCUGGGCUCGCCUGCGCCCCCCAAAGGCGCGGCCGCCCCGUCGGCGUCGCAGCGCCGCAAGCGCACGUCGUUCAGCCCCGAGCAGCUGCAGCUGCUGGAGCUCGUCUUCCGCAGGACCAUGUACCCCGACAUCCACCUGCGCGAGCGCCUGGCCGCGCUCACGCUGCUCCCCGAGUCCAGGAUCCAGGUGUGGUUCCAGAACAGGCGCGCCAAGUCACGGCGUCAGAGUGGGAAAUCCUUCCAACCUUCGGCUAGGCCAGAGCUGUUCCUCAACCACCCUGCUCCUGGAACUGAAGUGAAAAGUUUGAAGCCCCAGCUGCCUCUUGAGGUAGAUGUGAACUUUCUGCCCGAUCGCAACAGGGUUGGAGGGGGCAUCUCUGACUCUAGCUCCCAAGGUCAGAAUUUUGAAACCUAUUCCCCUUUCUCUGAAGACACUGGUUCAAAGCCGGACUCGUGGGAGGAACACAUCUUUUCUGCCUUUGGUAACUUUUGA